GAUAAUUUAACUUCUAUGAAAAUAAAUAUUAUUUAUAUUAAAGGUUCUACAUUAAAAUACUUUUAACUUGAUGAAGCUUGUGUAGAUAAAGCAAUUGAAGAAGCUGAAAUUUAAAAAAGCGAUAAGCAAAGAGGAGGAUUUGAUAAACCUAGAGGUGGAUUUAAAGAUAAAUUUGAUAAAGGUAGAGGAGGAUUUAAAGGAAAAACGAAAUCUAGAGGAAGUUGA